UCGAAUUGUCGUUGCUGCCGAGCGGAAAGUGUACGACAUUAACCGGAAGAAAACACGUAAUUUCUUCGUUUCUUCGCCUGGAGAAGUUCUUCUAGAUGUCCGCGUGACGCGUGACGGUCCGACAUGAGCGUCACUCUGGAUAUUAGACUGAAGAGAGCCAACAAAGUCUACCAUGAAGGGGAGUCGGUGGCCGGCGUCGUGCUGCUGGUGUGUAAGGAGGCCCUGCAGCACCACGGCGUCGCCCUGACGAUGGAGGGCCUGGUCAACCUGCAGCUGAGCUCCAAGAGCGUCGGCGUCUUCGAGGCGUUCUACAACUCCGUCAAGCCCAUCCAGCUGAUCAGCAGCAACGUGGAGGUGGCCAAGGCCGGGAAGAUCCCCGCCGGGAAGACGGAGAUCCCCUUCGAGUUCCCUCUGAGCACCAAAGGAAACAAAGUGCUGUACGAGACGUACCACGGCGUCUUCGUCAACAUCCAGUACACGCUGCGCUGCGACAUGAAGCGCCCCCUGCUGGCCAAAGACCUGAGCAGGAACUGCGAGUUCAUCGUUCACUGUCAGCCCCAGAAAGCUAAAGUGGUGCCCACGCCGGUCCACUUCACCAUCACGCCGGCGACGCUGCAGAACGCCCGCGAGAGGAGUUUACUGCCAAAGUUCCUCGUCAAAGGCCACCUGGACGCCACCAGCUGUGUGAUCAGCCAGCCGCUGACCGGGGAGCUGGUGGUGGAGAGCUCCGAGGUCCCCGUGAAGAGCAUCGAGCUGCAGCUCGUACGAGUGGAAACCUGCGGUUGCGCCGAAGGUUACGCCAGAGACGCCACGGAGAUCCAGAACAUCCAGAUCGCCGAGGGCGACGUCUGCCACGGCCUGCCGAUCCCCAUCUACAUGGUGUUCCCCCGGCUGUUCACCAGCCCCACGCUGGAGACCACCAACUUCAAAGUCGAGUUCGAGGUCAACGUGGUCAUCGUGCUUCAUGACGAUCACCUGAUCACGGAGAACUUCCCCCUGAAGCUGAGCCGAGUCUGAAGCCUCCAGUCGUCAUGACAACGUGGAGGAGAUCGUUCCUUUUGUUGUUUCAAGUUAUAAUUAAUGUCUUAAUUUUUUUUUGCAGACCAUAAUUAACAUUAUUAUGAUUUUCAUGACAUAAUAAAAUAUGAUGUACACUAAUUGUAAUUAAUGCUAAACCGUCAUUACUAAAAUAUUUGUUAUGGUAUACUUGACCUUUUAAUGAAAUUACAUACAAUAUUACUUAUUUAUGAAAUAAUAUUUUAUAUUUCUAUGACAUACCUUUAUGGUAUUAUAAGUAAGUAUAGACUGUUUAUUAUAAUCCUCUGUCAUUGUUAUUGUUAUUGUUGUGCCUUUUCUAUUUGGUAAAUCAAUAAAUACAUUUGAAAGAAAUUC